AUGAAGCCUCACCAAACACAGUUCUUGUCAAGUUCUCCAUUGACAUCAAUACACUCAACUAGACUUGAUUCUCAGGCUUUUUACCACUCACAAUCAAAUAGGAAUAAUACAUUUAAUUCAUAUUCUUCAUUUGCUCGAAGAAACAUUGAACAAAGAAUUACAACUAUUAAAAACCGAGAAACUUUACCUCGUUAUCAAACUUCAAAUAGCAUUUAUUUUGACAAAACUUUUGCACAACAUGCUGUUUAUUCUCGUAAAUCACGAUGGUUUCGUCAGGCUCUUACAAUUAUCAUGAUGGGAUUUAUAGGAUUUUAUUUAAUACAUAGCUGGUUUAUACAUAAUAACAGCUUAACAAAAUACUUUUUAGUAUCUCCACAAUCAAUAAAUAUAGGAGGCCAAAUUCUAUUAUACCGUAUUCUUGGUAACGACCUUCCUCCACAAUAUCUAAAAUAUGAUUUUCGUCUCGAAGAUUUUCCAGAACCCGAUUUUUUUCAUUCAAAUGAAUUUAUGAAUCUUUCAAAAGUUAGCAAAUUAAGGGCAAUUGAUUAUACUUAUCAUGAAAAAAAUUUAUAUGCCAUUAAUAAUAAUGGUGGUAGGAAUGCAGCUCUCGCUCAUGGUAAAUCUCAACAUAAUGUUAGUUGGAUUUUACCAUUCGAUGGAAAUUGCUUUCUGACUCCUAAUGCGUUUGCUGAUAUUCGAUCUCAUUUAUAUAAAUGGGGUGAAAAAUAUAAAUAUUUCAUUGUACCAAUGGCGAGAUUGAUUAAUAACUCUCAAUUAUUAAAUGGAUCCGAUACACGACCUAUCACUCCAGAAGAACCUCAAAUCAUCUUUCGUCAUGAUUCUAAUAAAACUUUUAACGGAAAUAUGCGUUAUGGUAGAAGACCAAAAUUGGAUAUGUUAUGGCGUUUAGGUGUCCCAACUACUAGUAGAAAUUUUAACAGAACAUCUGCUCCAUGGGAAUCUCAUCAUGAUUCUUACAAAUUUAUUGAGAGUGAUCAAUAUAAAACAAUUGGAUGGGUUUUUCGUUUAUUUUCCGGUCAAGCAUCACAAGAACUGAAUCAGAAAGAAGCCAGUGCAUUACGUUCGUUUAAUCGAUUAUUGGCAAUUCAGAAUUUUAUAGAUGGUUUAGAUGAACGACUUGCCCGAAAAGUUCAUGGCUUUAAUCCUUUUCAAUUAUUUCUUUAUGAUGAAAAGUUAUUAAGUCAAGCAAGAUCGAAUUUUUGGUUACAAGUCCCUAAUGUAGUUGAAACAGUUCAAGUGUUGAUCAAGCGUGCUGACGAAAUAUCAUCUGUUGUCAUUAAUCUAUUUGAAUCGGAACGUGGUAUUCAAGAUGAAGAGAAUACUCUUGUGCAUUUCUUGAAAGUAAAAUCAAAUAUUUACAAUUUAUUUCAUCAACCCGUUGAAUCUGUUGAUAAGACUAUAAAUUUCCUUCCAAAUGUCGAUGAUAACAAGGUCUCUCUAAAUAAUAAUUUUAAGGAAUACUUUUCUACACCUGAUUCAUUUUUUGAAAAUGUAAUGACUUUGGUUUUGGCUCAUUAUUUUUCGGGUAAUGAGAAAUAUGCUAAAUGGGCUGCCAAUUUAAUUCGAACUUUUGUUCUUUCUUCUUACGCCAUUGAAGAUCGAGAUAAUUCAGAAUUCACUUCUAUUGAUUCUGAUUUUGAAUCCGUUAAUGUCGAAGGUUAUGGUUUCCCAAAUUUAAAUAAAAUUCCACGAACCAUUCCAAAAAUUUUAAAAGUUGAUACUUCACUUUUAGCAAAUAUAACCGAUGCUGACCCUAGCUUUUUUUUAGAUGCAUGUAGACUUCUCUAUCGUACAAAUAUACUUACUCAUAAAGAAUAUAUGGAACUUCGAAUGUUUGCUUCUGAUUGGUUAGAGGUUCUCAUAAAUUCCAAAGCUGAGAGAAAUUCCGAUCAUCGUGGUAUAAUAUUUGAUCUUCAAGUAUUAUCAUUGGCAGGGUUUGUUGAUGAUUUAAGACUUUAUCUUAGAAUAGUUAAUCGUGUUCGAAUGCGAAUUGGAAAACAAUUUCAUGUCUCAAGAGAUUUAUCAACACAUGAGAUUAAACAAAAUUAUGAGAUAAUGUAUGUUCAGAAUUUACUUGAUACUGGUAAAAUUAAACCAUCAGAUUAUGAUGAGAACAUUUUUAGAUAUACAACUUUAAAUUUACAUUACUGGUUGUUACUUAUACGAGGUGUACAAAAUGGGCAUUGCGGUUCAGAUAUAUGGCAAUAUACAGCUAAAGAUGGACAAAGGAUUAGUAAAGCUGUUAUGGAACAUUUAAAACUAUAUGCUAAUAAGAUACAUGAUGUAUCUUUGAUACAUAUAGCAAAGACUGCUUAUAUAAUUAACAAAUUCAAACAAUGUACAAGGAAAGAACCAAAAGAUGAACUUGAAUAUUUUCAACAUUUAGCAAAUGUUAGUGACAGUAUGAAUUUCACGUUGGGAAAUCGAAUAGAUGAUAAUGAAUUAAAUACAAGAAUUGGGAUAGGGAGUGAAGCAAGACGACGAGGUUUACCACCUUUUUGGAUGCUUGGUGUUGCAUAA